AUGAUCAGCUCCGACGUUCAGAGGCCUCAUGGCCCGGGCUCCUGCGUCAGGUAUCGGAAUUGUGUUUACACGUACAGGAUUCUGCCCAAUGAAGACGACAAAUUCACUGUCCAGGCGUCCGAAGGUGUCCCCAUGAGGUUCUUCACGAAGCUGGACCAGCUCAUCGAGUUUUACAAGAAAGAAAACAUGGGUCUGGUGACCCACCUGCAGUACCCGGUGCCGCUGGAGGAGGAGGACGCGGGGGACGAGCCCGAGGAGGACACAGACCUGCGUCCCUACCCCUUCCCAAGGGAGCCACCCAGGAGCAUACACGGUCCUCCUGAAGGACUGCGUCUCUACCGGAGACUCCGAGAAUGAGUUCUUCCUUCACGAUCGGUCUUGGCGGCUAAGGAGCAGAAGCCGCAUGUUUCUCUCUCUCUUAUUUUCAGGCUUCCCGAAGAACAUCUUAAAGCCAUCCAAGAUUAUUUAAGCACCCAGCUCGCCCUGGAUUCUGACUUCGUGAAGACGGGCUCCAGCAGCCUCCCGCAUCUGAAGAAACUGACCAUGCUCCUCUGCAAGGAGCUCUAUGGCGAAGUCACCCGGACCCUCCCCUCCCUGGAGUCUCUGCAGAGGCUGUUUGACCAGCAGCUCUCCCCUGGCCUCCGUCCUCGGCCUCAGGUCCCCGGCGAGGCCAGUCCCAUCCACAUGGUGGCCAAGCUCAGCCAACUGACAAGUCUCCUGUCCUCGAUUGAAGACAAGGUCAAGGCCUUGCUGCAUGAAGGCACCGAGUCUCCCCACCGACGGUCCCUCAUCCCUCCGGUCACCUUUGAGGUAAAGGCAGAAUCCCUGGGGAUUCCUCAGAAGCUGCAGCUCAAAGUCGACGUUGAGUCUGGGAAACUGAUCAUUAAGAAGUCCAAGGACGGUUCUGAGGACAAAUUCUACAGUCACAAUAAGAUCCUGCAGCUCAUCAAGUCUCAGAAGUUUCUGAACAAGUUGGUGAUUUUGGUGGAAACGGAGAAGGAGAAGAUCUUGCGGAAGGAAUAUGUUUUUGCUGAUUCUAAAAAGCGAGAAGGCUUCUGCCAGCUUCUCCAGCAGAUGAAGAAUAAGCACUCGGAACAGGCGGAGCCGGACAUGAUCACCAUCUUCAUCGGCACCUGGAACAUGGGUAACGCCCCCCCUCCCAAGAAGAUCACGUCCUGGUUUCUCUCCAAGGGGCAGGGAAAGACGCGGGAUGACUCUGCCGAUUACAUCCCCCAUGACAUCUACGUGAUAGGCACCCAGGAGGACCCCCUGGGGGAGAAGGAGUGGCUGGAGAUACUCAGGCACUCCCUGCAAGAAAUCACCAGCAUGACUUUUAAAACAAUUGCCAUCCACACCCUCUGGAAUAUCCGAAUUGUGGUGCUGGCCAAGCCGGAGCAUGAGAACCGCAUCAGUCACAUCUGCACAGACAACGUGAAGACGGGCAUCGCCAACACGCUGGGAAACAAGGGAGCUGUGGGGGUGUCAUUCAUGUUCAACGGAACCUCCUUGGGCUUUGUUAACAGCCAUUUGACUUCUGGGAGUGAAAAGAAACUCAGGCGAAACCAAAACUAUAUGAACAUUCUCCGGUUUCUGGCUCUGGGAGACAAGAAACUGAGUCCUUUUAAUAUCACUCACCGCUUUACCCACCUCUUCUGGCUUGGUGAUCUGAACUACCGUGUGGAUCUUCCCACCUGGGAGGCGGAAACCAUCAUCCAGAAGAUCAAGCAGCAGCAGUACGCAGACCUGCUGUCCCACGACCAGCUGCUCAUGGAGAGGAAGGAGCAGAAGGUCUUCUUGCACUUCGAGGAGGAAGAAAUCACGUUCGCGCCCACCUACCGUUUUGAAAGACUGACUCGGGACAAGUACGCCUACACUAAGCAGAAGGCCACAGGGAUGAAGUACAACCUGCCUUCCUGGUGUGACCGAGUCCUCUGGAAGUCUUACCCGCUGGUGCACGUGGUGUGUCAGUCCUACGGCAGCACCAGUGACAUCAUGACAAGUGACCACAGCCCUGUUUUUGCCACCUUUGAGGCAGGAGUCACCUCCCAGUUUGUCUCCAAGAAUGGCCCCGGGACUGUUGACAGCCAAGGGCAGAUCGAGUUUCUCAGGUGCUUUGCCACGCUGAAGACCAAGUCCCAGACCAAGUUCUACCUGGAGUUCCACUCGAGCUGCUUAGAGAGUUUUGUCAAGAGCCAGGAAGGAGAGAAUGAAGAGGGAAGCGAGGGGGAGUUGGUGGUGAAGUUUGGUGAGACCCUUCCAAAGCUGAAGCCCAUUAUCUCUGACCCCGAGUACCUGCUGGACCAGCACAUCCUGAUUAGCAUUAAGUCCUCUGACAGCGACGAGUCGUAUGGCGAAGGCUGCAUCGCUUUACGGCUGGAGGCCACGGAGACUCUGCUCCCCAUCUACACGCCUCUCACCCACCACGGAGAGAUGACCGGCCACUUCCGGGGGGAGAUUAAGCUGCAGACCUCCCAGGGCAAGAAAAGGGAAAAGCUCUAUGACUUCGUGAAGACUGAGCGCGAUGAGUCCAGCGGGCCCAAGUCCCUGAAGAGCCUCACUAGCCACGACCCCACGAAGCAGUGGGAACCUGCCAGCAGGGCCUCUCCGUGCAGUGGCUCCAGCAUCACGGAACUCAUCAACCCCAACUACAUAGGGGUGGUGCCCUUCGGACACACGAAACAGUCCCUGUCCCCUGAUCAGCAGCCCACAGCCUGGAGCUAUGACCAGCCGCUAAAGGACUCGUCCCUGGGGCCUGCAAGGGGAGAGAGCCCCCCCACACCACCAUCCCAGCCCCCCAUAUCACCGAAGAAGUUUUCAUCCUCCACAACCAGCCGGGGCCCCUGCCCCAGGACCCAGGAGUCCAGGCCCUGCGACGCCGGCAAGAGCUCCGCGGAACCGUGCCCUCAGGAGGACUCGCAGCUGACCAAGCCCGAGAUGUUUGAGAACCCGCUUUAUGGGUCUGUGAGUUCUUUCCCCAAGCCGCUUCCCAGGAAAGAGCAGGAAUCGCCCAAAAUGCUGAGGAAGGAGCCGCCGCCCUGCCCGGACCCAGGAAUCUUGUCGCCCAGCAUCCUGCUCCCCAAAGCCCAGGAGGCGGAGGGCACCAAGGGGACAGGCAAGCCUGCGCCCGCGCCCGCACCCUUCCUCAGCCCCACGCCCCGGGUCCGCUCCUUCACCUGCUCGUCCUCUGCCGAGGGCCGCCCAGGAGGCGGGGACAAGAGCCAGGGCAAGGCCAAGGCCCCCGCCGGCUCCCAAGCCCUGGUGCCGGUGCCGGCCAAGAGGCCCAUCAAGCCUUCCAGAUCCGAACUGAGCCAGCCGACCCCGCCCGCGCCGACACCGCGGCCGCCCCUCCCGGUCAAGAGCCCCGCCGUCCUGCACCUGCAGCACUCCAAGGGCCGCGACUACCGCGACAACGCCGAGCUGCCCCACCACGGCAAGCACCGGCCCGACGACACGCCGCUUAGCCGCGCGGCCAUGCAGUAAAGCCCCUGGUGAGCUGCCAGCAAGACAGGAGUCCAGAGGAACAGCGUGAAGCCACUCGGACCCUCUCUCAGGACCCCCUGUUGGCUCCUCCUACCUAGCUUCUUGUGCAGGGCUUACUAUUUUUCAGGAGAAGGCCUAGCUUCUGUGUGGUCACAGAGUGCUCUGGCCAUGAGACUUGACACCAAAUGCUAAGGUUGGAAGGGAAAGUGUACUUGGGCCCCCAGCUUGAUCUUGAUCUUGGUACUUGGGACCCCUGAGCCUUGUUCCGGUCAUCAAAAGUGCUGAUCUGGAGGUGGAGAUAUACAAUAAUAAUAAUAUUGUUAAUAUUAAUAAUAGUAAUGGCUACAUGUAUGGAGCACUCACCACGUGCCAGGUACUGUGCUAAGUGCUUUACAAGCACAGCAGAAGUUGUGUCUUCUUCAGCUGACCAAAGCCACAUCCCAGACCCCCGGUUCAAAACUGUGUUCUGAGCGGUUUGGACAAAGCAUUAAAAAUUAAGGCCGGUGCCUUCCUGGAGUGAGACAGGGCUUGGCCUUUAGGGAGCUGAAGAGUGAGUGGCUGAUUUAGGGUACAACAAACCUGGCUUUGUCUGGCUUCAGUGAUGCCAACUGCUUCAGCUAAAGCCCUGGGGGGCGGGGGGACUUCAGUCGGAAGGGGAAGGGAAGUCAGUUCCUGCUUUCCAGGGGAGACCUCCCGCUUCUGCCCGUGCUGGAGAUGUGCAGGCCCUCCUCGAGGGGGGCGGCCAUGGCCAGGCCACGGGUUGAGCCAGUCCGCCCAGCACUUAUCUGAUUGUGCUAAUAGGGAAGUCUCUGCUGUCAUUCCCAAAGCCGGGCUCUCCUCCCCGGCUGCCAAGGGAGGGGGAGCCUCUCUGCUCCAGCUCUCAGAACAGUGUGGCCAUCUCUUUCCAAACUCUGUGGCUUUUGGCUCUGCUUCCUUGGUUGCUGGGAGGGUAGGUUGGUGAUGUCUUUUCUUGUGUUGCUUUUUUGACAUACAGAAUUAGUGUAGGAAACCAAAUCCAGAAGCGUGAGUACAGGAGAAUGGGUACGCACCCCACGUCCCCAUGUGUGUCUGUCUGUGUGACCAAUAAAUUGUGCCUUUCUCACUCAGA